ACUGUUCACUCGCAGGCUGCAGAGUCACAGCUCCUACACUGUGCUCCAUCGCAGCCAUGGUUUUCACCAAACUGCUCACUGCGUUGGUACUGCUCUGUUACACCGCAGGUGUGCUGGGAGCUGAGGUGAAGAGCUCCAUCAUUGGCGGGCAGGAUGCUAAAAGGGACAGCUCGCCGUGGAUGGUUCACCUCAACAUCACAACUGCUGACGGCUCGAAAAGGUGGCGCUGUGGCGGUGCCCUCCUCAACCACCAGUGGGUGGUGACCGCCGCACACUGCUUAGAUAAGGACCCUAAGCCAGACAUGAGGCGAACGGGGGUUUGGAUCGGCUCCUACCAGCUGAAAAAAGGGGCUGAGCGUUUCCGUAACCUGGUCUAUCCCGUCUACCCCCCUGAUCAACGAUAUGUCAACACAGGCAACGGCUACAAACACGACAUUGUCCUGCUCAAGCUGACUAAAAGGGUGGAAUACUCAGACAACAUUACUCCGAUUAGAUUGCCUGCGAACGAUGGCCCCAUUGAUCGAUCGUCUGAUUGUUGGAUCACCGGCUGGGGCGAGAUCGGGAAUGGUGUUCCCCUCCCAGACCCGGAAACCCUUCAGCAGCUGAAGGUUUCCAUCAUAUCGAACAAGCACUGUGCGGAUGAGUAUUCUCACCUGAUGCCCGUGCUGUGUGCCGAGCCAUCUGGAAACAAAGGCGCAUGUGAUGGGGACUAUGGUGGCCCGCUGGUCUGUCGUGGACCCACAGGCCCUACCCUGGUCGGAGUCAUGAGUUACGGGGGUCCUGGUAGUUGCAGUGGUGGAGGCCGUCCUGUCGCCUACGCUCAGGUGUCCAAGUAUCUGGAUUUCAUCAAGUAUUACAUCAACCUGCCUGAUGAAGCCUCGGAUGAUGUCUGAACCUCCAAACAGAUGCUCCGAACUGCUCAUUCUACUCACCUGAUAACCUGCCUUCCUCUUCAUAGCUACACCAAUCAGGCAUAACAUUAUGACCACUGACAGGAGAAGUGACCAACAUUGACCAUCUGGUGACAAUAUAAUGUUCUGCUGGGACACUUUACUAGUGUAGAUUUAGCCCAUAGCAACAACACUCCUUGAUCCAACAUUGAGAAGGUGGUCAUAAUGUUAUGAUUGAUCGGUGUAAGUGUUUUAUGCUGAUUAUAAACUCUGGUUUGCUGAGUAACUUUCUUUGCAUUAAAGCUUUCAAGCAUCA